AUGAAAAGUAGAAACGCUGUUUGGGUAGCGGCUCAUUCUGGAAUGGGAAUGGAUAGUCCUUUGACGAAAUCCUUGAACAUACAAAAGGUCAGUACUGAUAAUUGCAUUUCCCUCACACAGGUGUCAGGCUUUCUGGCUCAGGUUUCAAGCAUCUCAGAGAUAAUAUCAAGGGAUCAGAUGAAGGUGGCAUUCUUUGGACGAACCAGCAAUGGAAAGAGCACUACAGUAAAUGCCGUGCUACAAGAUAAGAUCUUACCAAUGGGAAUUGGUCAUACGACAAGCUGUUUCCUUAGUAUACAUGGCUCAGAUGAACCAGAUCCAUAUAUCUUGGUUCCUGGGAGUAUUGACAAAAAGAAAGUGGAGUCACUAGAUGAACUUGCUGAUGCCUUAUCCCAAGAAAAGCUAGAUCAUAGCAGUCUUGUUCAAGUGUUUUGGCCAAAGUCCAGAUGUAAUAUCUUAUCAGAGGAUGUUGUUUUGGUGGAUAGUCCUGGUAUAGAUGUGAGCCCUGAUCUUGAUCUAUGGAUUGAUGAGCAUUGUUUGGAUGCUGAUGUGUUUGUCCUGGUUGCUAAUGCUGAAUCAACCCUCAUGGUUACGGAGAAAAACUUUUUUCACAAAGUGAAUCAGCGUCUUUCAAGACCAAACAUCUUCAUUCUAAAUAACAGAUGGGAUGCAUCUGCAUCAGAACCUGAUAGGAUGGAGCAGGUGAAAGAUCAACAUCUCAGUAGAAACAUCGGUUUUCUUGUUGACGAGCUCCAGUGUGAAGACAAAGGACAGGCAAAAGACAGAGUUUUUUUUGUCUCAGCUAAAGAGACCCUAUCGAACAGAAUGAAGAAAUCCCAAGGAAUGCGUCAAGGAGGUGGUGCCAUUUAUGUUGAAGGAUUUGGUGCUCGACAGUUGGAGUUUGAGAACUUUGAAUGGAAAUUGAAGGAGUGUAUUUCUAAGUCAGCCAUAAAAACCAAGUUUGAAUCUCAUGCAGUCAGUGGAUUGAAAAUUGCAAAGAAAUUAAAGAUUCUUAUGGAACAAAGAGUGGGUUGUGCGUCUCAGCAAAGAUCCACACAGGAGAAAGCCAAGAAAGAGCAAGAGAAUAGACUGAAGUUUGUGAAGGAACAGCUUGAAAUCAGUACACGUGAGAUAAAAUGCCUGAUCAAAGAGAUCACUUCUAAAGUUGAGGAUCAGGUGACUGAGGCUAUGACAGAAGAGAUUGUGAAAUGUUCAGUUCUUGGUAGUCAACAGUCCACACUUUUUUCAAUCUAUUUGUCAUAA